AAUUCGGCAAAAAAGGAGAGAUUUUUUUAUGAGUAUCGAGUAUCUAUAAAUGGGUUUAAGGUAUUAUAGUAAUAUUGCAUCAAAAUAAAUAUUAGGUAUGUUAUAGGUAGGCGGAUAGGCGCGCGCACUGUCGGCGGCGGCGGCGGAGCGCGGGGCCUCGUCCUCGCACUCGGUCCGCGGCGCCCUCACGCGACAGUCAGCGCCUGACCACGGGGGGACUAGCGUCGCUCCCCGGCUGACCUUACGACGAUUGCUUCGCUAACCUUGCGAACAAAUCGCAUCUUACGUAAAACGAUAUGUCUCUUAAUAAAAUUAAAAAACAUUCAAAAGUUCACACAGACUCUAUAUUUUUUCAUUGAAUUUUGUAGAGACCGGCUCCGAACUUGACCUGUGAUUGUUUGUUCGAACUGUCAGUGCGCGUGUUGUGCUUUAUCGAUAACAUAACCUGUACGAUUUCAAGGGCACAAAAGACUUUGGUUAGAUUGUGUUGUGGAUGUUGUGUUGUAGGUUUUCGAAGCUGGUCUAACUUAUUCUUUAAAUUGGAGUGGGCGUAUUCGAAAGUUUGAAAAUCGAUCGGGUGACGUGCGUGCGUGGGAUUGCGUUUACGUAAUCUUUGUUUACCUUGGAAAUAUGCACUGUGGUGACUGCUCGCUGUGAUACAUCUGCACGUAGUCUACCAAUUUUCCGGAUGAAAACAGAAUGGAUUUUCUUCGUUACCAGUUUUGAGCACUGACCGAAAGAUUGAUUUACAUUAAUACCAGACGGGAUAAACUACUAGAACCUCCAGGUAUCUGGAAUGAUCCAAACUAAAAGACAACACAUCAAACCCCCAGAUCGGAUGUCCAGGGCGUGGGCGUGAGAUGGCACGAGCGGGCAUGCUGCACAGGGGCGGAAAAAAUGGAGCUGACGGGUGCGACGACGUGCAGCGUUCCCUGGAGCUACUGGACCAGGUGCUGAGCGAGUACGACGAGGGCGAGCCGCGGUCGCUGGAGCCGCGCGCGGCCAACACCCCCGCCACCCCGGCCACCCCCGCGACACCCGCCACGGACGACGACUCCCCGCUCGCAGGACACACUUCCGAGGACGAUGGAUAUAUGAGCAUGAACGGCAGGAGAGCGAAGUUUGCGCUGGGUUUCCGUCCGACUGAGGAGCGCGAGGAGCCUUCUCCCCCGGACCCGCCGUCACCGCACUCGCCGCCGCCGCCAGAGGAGGCGCAGCGCAUCAUAUCUACAUUAUUGCCCAAAGUUUCACCGGCGAAUUCGGCAAAGCGGACGAUAUCAGCUGAACAGAGGGAAGCCGAGGAGAGGCUGGACUCUAUCAUCAGUGUCAACGGGAUCACUACGGCCACACAGACUACUUUCCCGAAAACUAGACAUCAGCGUCCAUAUGGGUGGGAGAAGGAUACCGAAGGCAAUGGUUUCCACCUCCAGCAGCCUCCGGUGCCUCCGUACAGGUUUGCGUCGCUGCAACACGGUGCACGGCCGCCGCAACCUGAUACAACACCCGCGUGGCUCCCGCCGAGACACAACGCACCUCCCACCAAUCUCAAGAAAUCACCAAGCGUAGAGAACCCACCGAUGUUCCCUUUUAUGGGAUUCUCCAGCGAAUUUAAUGACAAACCAUACAAUGAACACCCUGUAACAAUAUAUCCGGGCCCGAACCUGCAGUUCAAAAAAGAACUGCAUUCCCCGACAUACAACGUACAAAAAGUUUCACCAACCAACACAAAGAGCUCUGAAAAGAAGAGCAGCAUGAAACGCGACAGCAGGUCGGACGGUGAAAUGUUAUCGCCCAAAGGGAAAUUACCUCCGCGGACUCUCGCCGGUUCUAUGGAGAGACAUAGAGAAGUGUGUAGAGGUUCUACGGAGGAUUUGGUAGUGAGCUGCAAGAGGAGAAGUUCUAGUAAGAGUAACGACGAAGAGCACUUUUCGGACGAUUCGCUAGAAGAGUCGUUCCCGCCGCCGCCGCCCGCUGUUACGACGCCUUCGAAACGCAAUUCCAUAGCUUGGGAAGUGUCACUCGAUGGUGAUGAUCCUCUACUUACUCCAGGGAGCACUAAGGUUAUCGGUCGACGAAGAAGGAAAUCAGGUGACCAGUCGCAUUCAAGUACAAGUUCGAUACCACAAAGAGUAGAUGAUGACUGGGGAGAGGAGUACUGGCCGCCGCCACCGCCGCUCACACAAUGUGAAGCACUCGCUUCUCCAACCUCAGAUGUGGAACCAGAUGGUCGACGAGCGCAAGAUCUGGCAUGUGGUACAUAUGUCAUCCGAAAGGGGAAAAACCGCAAACAGUUACCAAGCUUCAACAAGAAUGCUAACAACAAAUCACCUACAAAUCUACUGCACAGUCACAGUUUAAACAGAAGUUUAGAUACUGAUAAAUCUAUUGACGGGUCGAGCAUAUCAAUCAGUGGCUCCGGGUCUGUAGGCUCCUACAACUCCAGACCAAGUUCAGAUUUAAGUUUGCCACAAUCUCGAUACAGCGUAGAUUUGAACUCGAGACUGAGUCGCGAGCUGAACACUCCAAAUUCUAGAUAUAGUAUAGAUCUCUGCACGCCGAAUUCUAGAUUGAGUAAGGAAAUAACGUCGCCAAAAUCUCGUCUAAGUUUAGAUCUAAACAAUGGUCCAGAUAGAUAUAUCGCUCAGGAGUACUUUGGUCACAGUCCUAAAAGUAGAAAAACUCACGGCGAGAAAAGCUCGACAAAAGUUCAAAGCAAGCUUUCACCGCAAAAUAGAUUUUCUGAUUUCAAAAAGUACUCGUCGACUUUCGAUAAUAUUCAGUCACUUAUAAGAGAGGGUAAAGUAGAGGAGACACCGGUGACGGAAUGCAACGAGACCGUCAAUGAACUGACCACGGUGCCUCCCAACAUGGUUCGGGUCGUGUCCCUGCCGAGCCUCGGAGCCGACGGCGAGGGCAACAGCGCCAGCCGCCAGGCGCUCAUCACAACAGUCGAGGAGGAGGAGGACCAGGAGAGCGGAGAACCCGGCUCCAGCGGGGAUACCUCACCGUUACGCAAAAUCGAAAACAAUAUUAGCGCUAUAUUAAGUCAAGGUCGGGACCAAAAACAUUUUACCCCAUAUAUACCUAAAGACUGGAAUAUCCAUAAGGAUGAAUACUGUGAUGACGUAUCUAAAGAUAUAUUAGAAAACAAUUUCCGUUAUAGUUCUAGAGAGAGACAAAAGAGACAUGAUAUCCAAAAGUCAUCGAGUCACAAUGAAAUACAAAAUCAACGAUCGAUAGAUCGCCGUGACCGCUCCAAGAGGUCAAACAGUAUGCACAAAUCCACGAGCGCCAAAGAUGUACCGGUUAGUUUGAUGCGACAGCCAUCUUCGUCUGACUCGGCCGUGUCGAGCGGUGGCGACUUCCCGCUGAAUGUUCAGAUUGUAGAGCAUUCGUAUCGGCACCCACCGUUACCGUUGCCGCCCUCACCGACCUUAGGCCACGAGAUGGGCCCCCUGCCGCAAACCCCGGAGUCACCAAAGUUUCCACCUCUACCUCCUUCGCCAGUGCAAGAAGUUGAAGAUGAAUACACGGAAAUAAUGGCGCCUUCGGAAAAACGUCAUGUGAAGAAAGCUGAUACGUUACCGACACCGACGAUGGAAGCAAGGAGAAGGCCUUCGGAACCCCCUGCGGUGCCACCGCAUCGUGACACGACGAACAGCUUGAAAACGCGUUCUAUGGAAACCAGCUAUAACAAGAACAGGAGAAGCAGCACUAACUUUAAGACUGGCUCGACUGACAGAAGGACCUUACCUACUGAUAUCGGUGCAAGUGGCGCCCGUCGACGAACGUUACAGCGUCAGAGCCGUGAGGCGGCGGCGGCCGGGCGCGGCCCGCUGCAGACGUCGGCCAGCCUCCCGGAGACGCCGGUGUUCGCACGCGGUUGCGACGUGCCCCGCACUCCGCCCAGGAACUCCACCGGCCCGCCCAGGAACAACACCAUGAAUUCUAUACAGUCGAUAGGGAGCUCGGCGACGCUAGGUGGAUAUGGGCGUGGUUCGAUCAUGGGAGCUUCGGGCGUAUGCACCGGCGCAGACUUGCUGCGACUCGGUGGACCGCCAAGAGGCUGGUACCCUCGCCAAAGACACAGGCCUGCUUCAACGGAACACCUGGACAGACUAACAGCCUCGUCGAAGGUGGCGGCGGAGCACCCCGUGGCUUGGGAGGGCAGCGCGUCUCGCAAGCCCCUCACCCUGCCGCCAAACCUGACCCCCAAGUUCUUCCAGAAAUCACCCCGGGAAGCAUUGCGCAGGGUCACCAGCUUACUAAUAAGAAAAGGGAACAAUGGGAAGGAGAAAGAAAAUUCUCGAAACAAGGAAGCCACGUCGCCUGCAGCACGCUCCGCAAACGGCGAGGAGCACCCAGGACAGAAACAACGCAAAGGAUUUUUCAGAAGCCUUUGGAAAAAAUCUCGACAUUACUCUUUAGAACACCCCUGAAGAUUCAAAAUGAAAGACUUUAAAAUUUACCUUAAUACCAAAUGGGUACUUGAAAAUUCUUGCACUAAAGAGACAAAAAAUCUAUGAACGAUUAAAUAUUAAGUUUAAAAAAUAGAAGGUUAACGAGUUAAACAUUUAUAAAACGACCGAUAAGUUAAAUGACACGUCUGCCUCAACGAAAUGUUUACUAAAAAUAUAUACCAGCAUGGUAUUGUCAUGUUUAACACAAUAUGGUUCUCGUCUUGAUCAAUUACAUUAUGUUAAUGAAAUUAAAAAUAAGUACCAACGUACAUUGGUAGUUGAUACGAAUGAUGAAGUUUAGAUAAGUGUUUGAGGUAACUUGUUGGAUUACGGAAUCGAAAUACGUAGGCUUGCGUGUUGGCUUAUGAACACGAGUAUUAUUUGAAAAUCUGAUGUAUAGCGAUAUUAUACAUUGUGUAUUAAUUUGUCUAAAUAAUGCUUAUUAUCAACGCAUAAUUUAUGUAUAAGAUGUGAUAAGUACGUAUUUUAUUCAUACACGACUAAAUACUUUCUUUUGUAAUAAUAGGAGUGUAGAAAUGUAGAUAAACACGUAGCAUGUUAAACUGGCGCGUUAUCCUUUGUUUAAUAUUGUUACAUUAUGCUCUUAGGGAAAUGAAUAACCAAUCAACUGCAAUUUUAUGCGAGUCGGCGGAGGAAUACCCAUACAUUUAUAUAAAUACUAAAACUUUAAUCUCGAUUUUUUCUAUGAAUUCUUGAAAAUAAUUUAAGACGUAAGAUUAGAAGGCGUUCCUAGUGUGUUGUAAUAUUAAAGAACCAAAAUCACUUGAUAGGUUAUUGCUACAAGUUUAACAUUUUAUACCAAUCCUUGUAUUCGAGUGUACUUAACUCUUAUUGUAGAUUUUGUCAAAGGAAAUAAAUUAUGUUCAUUAGCCAUAA